AUGACGCUCAGAAAGGUGGAGUCGCUGUACAGCGAGCGCGAGAUGCGCCAAUAUCUCCAGCACAUUCGUUUCCCAGGCUUUGCGGAGGUCUCUACCGAUGAUAAAGACGAGGAUCGAGAGAGGCCUACCCUUCCAAGGCCUACGCUAGCCACGCUGACCUUGCUACAACAGCAUCACCUGCUCACCAUACCCUUUGAGAAUACCUCCAUUCAUUACGAGAGCAGUCAUAGCGUCAGCAUCAACCCAAACGUCGUCUUGCAACGUUUUUGCAGCCGACGCAUGGGCGGCUAUUGCAUGCAGCACAAUGUGUGUCUACUCAACAUCUUGCGGUACCUAGGCUACAAAUGCUAUGCUGUGGCCGGAAGAGUUUUGGAACGAGCGCUGGAUGGCACGCAAGGGGAUUAUGAAGGAUUCGGCCACAUGAUCAUCCUCGUCUUGUUGCCGAACCAUUUGCACGAAGCGCAGCAGGCGCAAGAACAUUUGUACGCAGUCGAUGUUGGAUACGGAGCUCAAGGUCCACUGCGACCCCUGCAACUAUCGGAUGGGCAUGUGGAGGAAGGUCGCUUCGGCGAGAGGCAUCGACUCAUUAGGCUGCUACCUCCCGAAUCUGCAUUCGAGGACAACCCUGGCACACCUCAAAGUCCAGUCCUUCUUCAGGAGAUGAGGGAGGCUAACAAAUUGUGGCACUUGCAACACGCCAAGGGCGAGGCGGACUGGCAAACCCAGUACUCGUUCUUGCAGACCGAGACCUUUCCAAACGACUUUGAGAAGCUUAAUUUCGCCACGUCCAAAAGUCCGCAAAGCAUCUUCGUAUCAACCUUGAUGCUCUCUCAAUUCACCUUGAAUCUCGUCGCCCAGGAGAAUGAAUUCAAGCACGCGUCCCCUGAGCCAAUUCACGCGGAUCUACAUCCCUAUCCGAGCCACGCAUUCGGGUUGCAUGCUCUGCUUGGCGCUCGGUUCAGUCACAGGCCAGCUGGCGGAGGCAAGACCGAGCACGAAGAGGCCGCGACCGAAGAAAAGCGCAUCGAACGUAUCAGGCAAGUGUUCGGCCUGCUAGGAGACGUAGAGACUGGCUACGCUCUCGAUGCCAUAGAAGCAAGCAAAGCGGGAUUACCGCAGCAGCGUCGCGUACCCAAGGAAUAG